AUGGCACCGCCCUCACUCGCGCUCCUUCCCCGCCAAUUCGGCACCGAUGACCGCGACGGCGACCGCGACGGCAAUGGCCCCUUCGCGGACCGCGGUGACAGCGGUGUCUCCAGGUGGACGAUCCUCGGGAUCGUGAUCGCAGUCCUAGUCGUCGCGGGCAUCCUGGGGCUCGUCUUCUUCCGUCGCAUGCGCCACCAGCGACGCGGCGCCGUCUCCUCCGCCAUCAACCUCGCUUCCACCCCUACCUCCACGGGGCAUAAACUCACGUCGAAUGGUCCGUCGGGCAAUGGCAAUGGCAACGGCAACGGCAACGGCCCGCCCAAAUACGGCGCCAGCACGACCGGAUACGGCGUCAGCCCGGACCAGAAUCAGUCGCUCCUAGGCAAUGCAGAGGGCCCCGCCAUCGUCAUGUGGGGUCCACCGCCGCACGGUGACGGUGACAAUGCCGGCUCAACGCAAGACGGGUUCGGGUACGAUAAUAACCUCCAACUCGCGGGGACGGGGACGGGGAUGGGGAUCCAGCGGCCUGCUAGCGUGGCAUCGUUCUCUGCUCCGCCGCCGCGAUAUGAGGAGGCGACAGACGCGUCCGCCGGGAGGCCACAAGGACAGGGCGAGGCGGCAAGCUAUUUCAACGCCGCCGUGCCGAUGUUACCCCGUAGUCAGGCGGGAGGUGCGCCGGCAGAGAGGCCAAGAGGACGAGCCCUCAGCGUGGAUACGAGGAGUCUGAACGGCGAGCGGAGGCGGAGUAUGAGCCGGUUCACAGAGGAUGGGAUGGUCGAUGUGAACGUGGGCGUGAAUGCGAAUAGUGAGAAGAUUUAA